GCUAGAUAUAUCAUAAAUGGAGUGUCUCUUCAGUUUUCUUGUUUCAUCAAGUCUUUUCUUAUUUCUGGCAGUGAUUCUAUGCCUAAGGGGAAAUUUUUUGGGAAAUAGAAUCAGGAACCUGCCUCCAGGGCCUCCAGGUUGGCCAGUCUUUGGCAAUAUUUUUGAUCUUGGAAGUGCACCGCACCGAGCUCUAUAUGAGCUUAAGUUGAAGUACGGAUCUAUUCUCUGGCUAAGAUUAGGAUACAGGAACACAGUGGUGAUACAGUCGGCAAAGGCUGCAGCAGAGUUGUUUAAGAAUCACGACACUAGCUUCUGUGACCGCAAACCUCUUGAUGUAUUCACUUGUCAUAACUACAACGAUGGGUCACUUGCAGUCGGCCGAUUUAGCCCCUACUGGCGCAUGGUUAGACGUCUUUGCUCAAUGGAUAUGAUGACUAACAAGCGAAUCAAUGAUACAACUUCCAUUCGGCAGAAAUGCAUCCUCCAGAUGAUAAGGAGUAUUGAAGAUGAUAUAACAGCUGCAAAAGCAAGGGGAGAGCCAGGAAUAGUGAAUUUACCUCAGCAUCUAUUCCUAAUGUCAUUCAACAUAGUUGGUAACAUCAUGCUCUCAAGAGACCUUUUGGAUUCGAAAUGCAAAAAAGGAUACGACUUUUUUCAUGCCAUGGAAAUGGUUGCAGUGUGGGCAGGGAAGCCAAACUUAGCAGAUUUUAUACCAUUCUUGAAAUGGUUAGAUCCGCAGGGGUUAAAGAAGAAAAUGUCAAAAGAUUUGGGACAAGCCUUGGAGAUUGCAGAAGGGUUUAUGAAGGAAAGGAUUGAGGAAUACAAAUUAGGGAAUAAGGGGAAAGUUGGUAAGGACUUCCUAGACACGUUGUUGGAAUUUGAAGGUGAUGGUAAAGAUUGGAGUGAUAAGAUCCCAUAUGAAAGAGUAAUUGUAAUCAUAUCGGAAAUGUUUUUUGGUGGGUCAGAGACUACAAGCACAUCAAUUGAAUGGACCAUGGCAGAGUUACUUCGCAACCCUGAAGCCAUGAGAAAGGCUAAAGAAGAAUUGAAUAAAGUUGUUGGUGAAAACAAAAAUGUUGAAGAGACAGACAUAGAGAAACUACCAUAUUUACAAGCUGUUGUGAAGGAAGCAUUUCGAUUACAUCCUCCUCUUCCUUUACUUAUUCCUAGAAACACUAUAAAAGAUACAAAUUUCAUGGGGUACCACAUACCAAAAGAUACUCAAGUUUUAGUGAGUGCAUGGGCAAUGGGAAGAGACCCAGAUUCUUGGGAAGAUCCCUUGGCCUUCAAGCCUGAGAGGUUUUUAGGUUCAAAUAUUGACUAUAAAGGGCAGAAUUUUGAACUACUUCCGUUUGGAUCGGGGAGGAGGAUUUGUGUGGGUAUGUUAUUAGGUCAACGAGUAGUUCUUCUUGGUUUGGCAUCUCUAAUUCACUGUUUUGAUUGGGAACUUGACAAGCAUACAACUCCUGGGACCUUAGAUAUGAGAGAACUGGUAGGGAUGGUUGUGAGAAAACUUGUACCUUUGAAUCUCAUACCCAAGAGACGUCCGACAAUGAAGGUUGCCUAAACAAUAUGGUGUAGGCACUCUCAAGAUAAUAAAAUCUUAA